UGCUUUUUUGUUCCCAGUGAUCUUUACCAGGAAAGUAAAAUCAAUGGCUGAGCUUGAGAAGUUCUUGAAGCUGGUGGACAGCCUGCAAACCAAGCUGCAACAGUACACUGCAAUCAAGCUCUCCUGGUCAUGGAUAUGUCUCAAGCUGCUCAAGUUACUGUCAAACUAUCCCUCUGGUGUUACCAAGGCUAUUAUCUUAUCAGAGCUGCACAACGAGGCUGAAAAAACUGGAGGGAAACUAACCACACACUCUCACAGUUGCACAAGCUGUGCAGUGGGUGAUAUUCUGGAGUCCAAGUCGGUGGCAUAUGAGUCAGUAUUGGAGACAGCUGUGUCCACUGUCUACACUGUACCCAACACUACCACUAAGGUUAUCCAGUUGGGCAGUGAGGGUAAAGGUCAUCUUGAAAUGUACCUUCACAAGAAGUUCUACCAUAUACUGGAUGUUCUCACUACUCAUACCCUACGUUUGACAUGCUGCCGACUUGUAUCAAGAACGAGUCCAAAGUCCAAACUCCACCUACUGCCAACGGAGCACUUGGCUGUACUGUUAACCCCAUCAGAGGAGACAGAGUUUAAACAGUCGGGACGGUUUCUAAGCUUGUCGGACGCAACAGCUGACAUUCACGAGCAAACAUAUUGUGAAAACCUGUUCGCUAAUGUUGUAGAUAUUGGGAAAGAAGACGUGAUUACAACUUCUGAUGGAAAUGUCUUUAGGAGAAUGACCCUCCAGCUGUCCAAUGACGAAGGUACUAGUUCCACUCCGCUGGUACUAUGGGAUACCUACACAUCUCUCACCAGACUACUGAGUCAGGGAGACACAUUGUUCAUUGAAAGGCCGUAUGCCAAACCCUCCUCCUCUGGUCAGUGCUGUCUGGAGUAUGCCCCAGGGACAAUUAUCUACUUGGCUCCCUACAGACCACAAGAGGAAAUUGUGCCAAGCCAGUAUCCCUCGGACAGAGCACCAGUACUGGUGGUCAAAACUGACCAAGGUAAACUAGACUAUCUGACCUACCCUCACAGACUAAUGAUUGCUGAUAUUGUACCUAACAUCAUUAACGCAGUCAUGCUAUUAGAGAUUACAUCAUUCAAAGAUACAUGUCAAGAUGUGACUGUCCAUGCUAAGGAUUCAACUGGAACCACAUUAAUUUCUGUUCGUGGAGUGAGCAUUGAUAAAUUAACCAACUGUCAGUGGGCUGUGAUGUCAGGUCUGGUGAGUGUGGUAGGGGACAGCUGCAGUCUGUCUCUCUGUUGUGACCUCUACAAAGGAGGGAAACUUUUCAAUGUUGAGGGAAUGCAAGGUUGGCAAGCAUCUCAGUGACUCCUACAGAACUAACACUAUAUGGUUUCUGCAAUGCUUUUAUGAUUUAUGUUUUAUGAUUUCAACAGAACACCUAAUGUUUACCAGCACAAUGUCAAUGUUGUUUUGCCAUGAACUAUUUGUCAUAACUGA